AUGGACAACAUUGACGAGGAAUAUGACCGGCUCGUUGAACACCUUCACGACUGCGCGAAGAAGGCUGAGAGUUCUAAAACCACCAAGAGACGCCUCUCUCUUGAAACUCUUGAGCUGAUACGCCAGCGUGGAGCAGCACGAGCCGCAGGGAACCAAGAACUCACGUCCGUGCUCGCAAGGCUUUGCAGAGAGGCGAUAAAGGAAGACCUUAAAGAGAGAAGAGCAGAUGGCUGA